UGUCUUGACUGUCUCUCGUGUAUGAUGCUUGUUCCUGCUCGUCUGUGCAGCUGCUGUAGGCGGUCUCGUGUUGUUUGGUGAAUCUCGCCAUGUUGGGCGCGUGUUGUGAAUAUCAAAAAGACGCCCGCAGGCCGUGCCAUGAGCAUCCCGCGUUUCUCACUCUCUCACUUCAACAAGGUGUCCUCGCGCCGAUUGUGAACCUUUUAUUAUGGCCUAUCAUGCAUCUCGUAGAGUUGACGCAGCUCGCCAACCGCUUCGGCCCAGGCCUAUAUCUCGCCGAGCAAUCGUCUCUCAAACUAUUCUCCUGCAAUGCCUUCUUCUUUUAUUCGCAUUAGUGUGGAUUGAUACAACAGAGGGCAGGCGGCACAAGCGCCCGGAUUCUUGCAGCAAACCCGACAACGGACGUAGCACUUCCUUUCUGUGGCGAAUAGCGGCCGAACCGCCGUCGUAUUUCUUCGGUACAAUUCACGUACCGUAUUCUCGUGUCUGGGACUACGUGCCUGAGAAUGUCAAAAGAGCAUUUGACGCUUCAGAUGCAGUUUUCUUUGAACUUGAUUUGACCGAUCCAAACACCAUCAGCGCACUUACCAGCUGCCAACUCUUACCGGUGGGCCAAAGUCUAGGCGACGUCUUGCCAGCCGAUUUGUUUGCCCGGCUCAAACGCCAUUUAGACUACGUAAAAGCUGUGAUGCCGUCGUGGAUGAGUCCGGAUCAGCGGGGACGAGGACUCUAUGCCGACUACCUUUUCAGCGCCAUUACGGGCAACUGGGAACGAAAGCGACCCAUCUGGGUCAUGCUAAUGGUGAAUUCGUUGACGGAGAGCGAUAUCAAAUCACGGGGUAUCCCCGUUUUGGACUUGUAUUUGGCCCAGGAAGCCGAGCGACGAAACAAGCGGAUGGGAGCUGUCGAACGAGUGGAAGAGCAAUGUGUUCCUUUAAACGGCCUAAACUUUUCCCAGGUUGUAUUUGCGCUGAAUCAGACGCUUCAUCACCAAGAAUCUCUAAGGGCGGGUGAUCACUCGGUGCCCUAUACCACAGAUGAUUUAAUCAAACAUUACAACUGCGGUGAUCUUAACGCGGUUAUAUUUAGUCAUGAUACGGCUCAGGUUCCGUCGAUGACCAAUGUAACCCUGGCACCUUACGAACAAGUAAUGGCGAAGAAAAUUGAUGAAUAUUUCCGCCAAGAGCUUAUAUUCAAACGUAAUCGUAGAAUGGGUCAACGAGUAUUGGAACUGCUUGCUGCCCAUCCCGACAAGAGUUUUUUUGCCUUCGGCGCAGGGCAUUUUUUAGGCAACUACACUGUCCUAGACGUUGUUGAGAGAGGCGGUUAUACCGUCGAGCAACUCACGUCCGAUCAUAAAAUUUUAAGGCAUCGGAAGAAGCAAAGUAAGCCACGCCCCUCACUGGUACCAGAACCGAGCAGUCUUCGCGAUUUUUCGACACACGUCAAAUCGAAUACAGUGGACAGCCAAGACGAAGAGCUUUCACGCAACGUGUUAGAGACUCGAAUAAUUACCCGAACUGCGACAAACACUCCCCGUAUGCCACCAGAAGAUUUAGCAAAAAAAACGACAUUUCGACCCCCUACACUACUAAGGACUAGCCCUAAUUUGUUAGCAGCUGCUGCUAGAGAAGCAACUAAUCAAGAUAUAGCGAUAAAAUAUAGAAAUUUCAAUGACUUGUGGAUCCGCUUGGAAAACGGAGGACAUUCUUACAUUAGAAGUUUGCAGCCGUCAGAACCAUCUUCCACUCAGACGGACGAUUCCUUACGCGUUUGGUAUGGGCUGCGACCGAACCGAGCCACUUCAGACUCCCUUUGCCAAGCUUUAUGGGUUCCCUUGUUUAUAGCGAUAAUGUUCUCCUAUACUAGAACCUGAUUAUCUCACGAAACGAAGAUGCUUAUUUUUGUGUCAGAACUAGAACGUAGAUUCAGUUUUUGAAUGCGAUUUCCUGCCAAAUACUCAUGAAGAGUUAUUAUCCCAAUGUCCAAUGAUUUUUCCAUUGUCUAUAUAUGAAGAUCUAAGUGAGCUGCGUUUAAAUAUUUCGUUUAUUAUGUAUGAACUCUGUUUGUAGAUAAUUUUGUACAGCUCAAAUGUACCACUUUUUGAUUUCGUUUUACGCAUAA